AUGUGGACAACCAGGAGCGAGCUGCGAGGAUGUGUGCGAGCGGCAUAUCGACCCCAACUUCCCCACGGGCGAGGCUGUGAAGGCUGGGGUCACCACCUUCCUGAUGCGUCUCAUCGCCGCAGAGCCCCGGGUCCGCGCCUUCGUGCGCAAGGAGAGUUCUGGAAGAUCUGUACGAUUUCAGCCAAAGUUACGGAGGCUGGUCGGGCGCUGGCAAAAGAAGCUGCCCACUCCUUCAAGCAGUCGUACAGAGCCUUCCAUGUGACUUAUCGCCCGGUGGGCAUGUUCGGUGUGACGAGCGACCUUUUUCUGGAGAUGCAACAGCUCCAGCGAAAGGGAUUCAUCAACAUCGAGUACUCCUUGAUCAACGGAGUUGACCGGGAUGGAAAAACCAAAGUCGUUAUUCCUUGCCACAGUGUCCAGGACAUUAUUAGGACAAAGCAACGCCUCACGGCGCACUUUCCAAAGCGUGCAAAUCCUCACCAAAGUAUGCCCAGUGAUGCGGAAUCCAUCAGCCACUGGAAUCGCUGUGAGGAGUUGAUCCCCAAGCUAGAAGCUGCGGCGCGGCUGCGGGAGGCGGGUAUCCGACGGGCUGGCGCAGGCGGAGACACAAAGGCCAAGGUCACCGCCUCUUUCGCGGCCGCCACCAUGAACUUGGAUGCGGACGCCCUCACGCAGUUCAUGGUGGCGGAUCCCAUCUUCGAGAAGCUCUCCCAGAUGUACUGCGUCAGCAUGAUCGAAAGCCAUGAGCUGAACACCUUUGCGGUGAUCGAGUCUGACUGGAACAAAGUCCGAAGGACUAUCCUACGUCGAGUUCUUCAAGAGGAGCUCUACCCCAUGGUCUGGGCAGAAGUUCAGGAUUACCUCACCAAGAUGAGCAGCCAGGUCGUUUGCCAGGCAGUGCGCGAGAGGCUCACUCGCAUGGUGGACGUGCAGCCAGUGGUCGAGACAGACGUGAAGUUGGAUGAAGCGGAGGAGAAAGUUAGGCAUAUGCGCCAGGAGCAGGAUGACGACACAGACAUGCGGCGGAAGCGCGAGGACGACCCGGCCUGGCUGCAAGAGCGCAGGGCGCGGAAGAAGGGCCUUUGCUCCAUCUUGGUGGUGCUUCCCGAGGUGGGGGAAACCUGCAUCGUGGGCUUCGUGAAUGCCUUUGGUGACGCUAUCGAUUUGCGACAGCUCUUCAAACGAUGCCUGAGGCAGCCCUUGCCGGUCCAAAGUGUGAAGGGCAGCUACGAGUAUGACAGAGAGAUGAUCGUGCUGCAGCAUCGGGAAACCUUCAAGCAGAUGCUGUGCAACUACAAGCCUGCGGUGGUCCUGCUUGCCGUGACGGACUCUGACAUUCUCAGAAUGAAGGUCAAUGUUGAGGACCUCAUCGCCAAGGAUCAAACAGUUCUAGCGCACUUCAAGGUGCUUCCAAGAGUGCACUUCGUGGACACCACGGUGCCCAGGGCCAUUGCCUACAACAAGCGCCUCAUGGAAUCUCCUGCCUACCGGGACUAUGCCAUCCCUUCGCAUCGCAUCGCCAUCAGCUGCACGCGACUCCACCAGGAUGCGCUGGCGGAGGCUUGUCAGCUUUGGCACGAGCUGCCGGAUGAAAAUGGCUUCUUGAAGCUGACCUUGCAUGCGUUGCAGCAGGAUGUGCCGAAGGACAUGCUGAGCCGGACGAUUACAAGAACUCUGCAAGAGGUCACGGCAAAGUCCGGCUUGCAGAUCAACAAGGUGCGGAGAUCGACCCACCAGGCCAGUGUCAUCCAGUUCGUCCCAGGGCUGGGCCCUCGCAAAGCGAAGGUCUUCAUGAAAGCGCUGGCGGACUCGGUCAAAUCCAGGGACACGGUGAUCGAGAUCCUCGCGAAGCAUUUAAGCAUCAAGGAUCCGAUGACCAACCCUGUCAUGAAGAACGUGCUGCCGUUCCUGAAGAGAUCGAGCCCGACUUCCGGGACCCUUGGGGUCCGGAGGAGUCGCCCAGCCUGGAUCGCCUGCGGAUUCCGCGGCACCUGCAGAACUGGGUCCAGGCCCUCUGCAAGGAGGCGCUCUCAGCUCAGGCGGAGAACCUUUUCGGCUCAGACGAGGAGGACUCGGCAGAGGAUGCGGUGGGGCCAGGGCAGCCCAGACUCGGUGAGAUCGCGAGUGAUGCGACUUCUGCAGCGGGACGCCAGCUUUCAAGGUGAGCCUCAGUAUCCGGACAGCGCCAACCUGGACACUCUCUUCGAGAUGAUCGUCCAAGAAUUGCAAGAACCUUACAAGGACUUGCGCCAGAUCCACUCGGAGCUUUCGAGCAGUGAGCUGUUUUACCUGGCGCUCACCGAGUCUGCGGAGGAGUUCAAGUCAGGGUGCAUCGUGCGAGGCACCGUGCAGCGAGACGAAGAGUACCCUGACAAAGAUCAGGAAAAGGAAGACGACGACAGGGGCCACUAUGUGCCCAAGGUCAUGGUGCGUCUGGCCAGUGGCACCUCGGUGUUGGGCAGCUUCCAGAAGGCCUACAGCCACGGCAAGUAUGGGAAGGCCGGGCACCUGCCUGGGUGCGACCGGCACUUCACCAGGGGCGAGGCCAUCCUUGCCCGAGUGCGGGAGGUGAAAGCAGGCAACUAUUCCUUCCGCGUCCUUUUGUCCGUAGACCAAGACGAGGAGAUUUGGAUGGAAUCCUUGCCCAUCAAGGACGAGGAUGUGCCGUACUUCUUGCCUGGCAGCGGUGACGACUGGACCAAGGUGAAGCUUGGGCUACUGGACAACUCCGAGCAGAAGCGCAAGGCGCAGCUCAAGGAUUGGAUCCGCCGGCCUCGGAACAUCAAGCACCCCAACUACGUGGUGGGUGACCAUGCCUACGCCGUCAACACCCUUCAGCACUUCUUUCUAGGCACUGUGCUCUUCCGAUCCUCCAAGAACCAUGACUUGCUCAUAGCCUACUUGAAGGUGCGGCCGACCACGGCACAGGAGCUCACCAUGCCGGGUGAGCUGGCGCCCGACAAGUUCUUCCGCACCUUUGACGUUUUCGAGCGCUUGCCGCAGAAGACCUACGGCUGCGGGUUCGAGGUGGCCAAUGAACUGGAGGUGGAGGGCCAGGUCUAUCGAGACUUUGACGAGAUCAUCGCCCGACACAUGGAUCCCAUCAUGGAGAACUUGCGGCUCCUGCAGGAGCACAAGCGCUUCGGGCUCCAGAACGGCCAAAUCCAGGACCGAAAACAGGUGAUGCAGUGCAUGCAAAGCUUCAGCCGGGACAACCUGCUGCUGCACUACCACUUCCUUCUGCACGACCGCGCCAUUGGGCACGGCUCGCUGCUGUGGUGCUGCCAAGGAAGGAAUGUGAAGGAAGAGCUGAUCCAGGUGACCCCAAGGGGCUACAGCUUGUGGGGCCAGCCCUUCACCACGCUCAAGGCGCUCAUCGAGUGGUUCAAGACGGUGGGGAUGUCCAACGCUUCGAAAUGCCGCAGGGACUUCAAGGAGGAGCACCGCAAGAGACAACUCGAGCUCAAGGACAAGCGUGGCGAUCACGCGGACCCAGAGGCGCGGUACAAGCGGCACCGGGGCUUUGCGACCACCGCCACCACCACCCAGGGCUUGCAGACCCCUGGGGGCCGCAACACCCCCACGAUGUAUCAGGCGGAAGCCAACGCCCCCACUCCAGCGGGCUUGUCCCCUGGCGUUGCGCCAACACCCAGAGGUUCACCAGCUGCGGGGACCCCGGCAGCAGCCUUCCAACGAAGCCCUGCGCCACAGACUCCCAUGGCUGCCUUCGGCGCCGCGCCACAAACGCCGGCCGCCGCCUUCCCGCGAGGAGCCGCGCCGCGGUCAGGCUUUGCGCCUCAGACCCCUGCAGCCAUUUGGGCACCUCGCGAUCGAGGCACGCCCAACGGCCACGGAGGCAUUACGCCUGGCGGCAUGGUGCCUCAGACGCCGGCGGGCGCUUACCGGUCAGGCACUCCCAGCGGGAUGGUGCCGCAAACGCCGAUAGCAGCCUUCAGCAGACAAGGCACCCCGGGCGGCAUGGUGCCGCAAACCCCAACUGCCGCAUUUGCGCCCAGCAGAGGGGGAGGUACCCCGGGCAUGGUGCCACAGACCCCCCUGGCGGGAUCUAGAGCAGGUGGAGGCACGCCUAGCAACAUGGUGCCGCAGACUCCUCCGAAUGCCGCCUUUGCGAGAGCAGGAGGUACUCCUGUGCCUCAAACCCCUGCGGCGGCCUUCGACGUUAAGCCCGACGCAGGUGGAGCGACUCCAGCCGAGCGAGGCUGA